AAGCGAGACCUGCAGCCAAGCCGCGCACCUCCUCGUAUCUCCUUGCAUUUUGAGAGUUCCAAUAUGGAAUUCCACGCGGCUGAUGCUCACGCCAAGCAAGACCCUUACCCUCAGAAUCUGCUCAACGCCCCGCCUGUGUCCCUGCGACUUCGUGCGCGACCCUGGUGGUUCCCAGUUCAGGAACUCAGCAAUCCUCUGGUGCUCUACAUGGAAGACUGGUUAGCAAAAAGGAUCAUAGGCCCAGACCAUACCGAAAUCUCAGAAAUGGAGUGGAUGUGCCAAGCCCUGCUAAGAGUGGACUCAGCCGACUCUGGGAACCUAGCUGAAAUCACCAUCUUUGGACGACCCAGUGCACAGAUUCGAUUAAAAAAUAUUCUCUUGAACAUGGCUGCCUGGCACAAAGAAAAGGAAGCCCAAAGAGCUACGAAGAUAAACGAAGUUGAAGAGUUCUUGAAAGUCCGUGCCUCCUCCUUCUUAAGCAAGUUAAGCCCCAAAGGGGUGAAGCUGGUUGGCAGCCCGCUUCCACCGGAGUGAAGAGAAACGCGGCUGGAUUCUUAACCCACUACUACCUGCCUUCACGAGCACCUUCUGCUUAUUUUUCUUUGCAAAUAACAAUUUGUAGAACUAUUCCAAUAUAAAAAAAAAAUUUUUUUUGGUAUGCAGUUGGUUUCGUCACAUACAGUAAAAUUUAUAAAUAAACCUUGACUAUUCAGUUGA